AUAUUUGUACCCAAUUCUAGUUACUACUUGAAAUUCUAGAUUGUGUGCUACCUGACAGUUUUCAACAAUGUCACCUGGUUUCCAUGACCAUCCUACAACUAAUUAACUGAACUCCCAAUCUAUGCUGGGUAAACCUUUAUGUUUGUCUUUUCUAAUCAGGACUCUGAAUUGAAUGCCUUCAGCAGUAUUAAGUGAAAUUGCUAUCACGCUGCUAUGGGAGCGCAGGAGCAGUGAGAUGACUAAACCAUGGUCUUUGAUGAACUGCCGGAUUCAGUUACUAAAACAUCUCUAAAACCAUUCAUCGCAGAUCCUCAUGCUGUCAAAAGCCUAAAACUCACGUUUGAAGUCCACAUAUGGUGGAAUACAAAUUGUGCGGAGAUAAGGUAUUUCCCCAUUACUGCUACCAACCAAACCAACCGCACAACGUCAGAUGCCUUACUAAAUCAUCACCCAUAUGAAAAAGUAUCAGGAAAUUUAUCCCACCGGAGGAGUAAUGUCGUUGGUUGCUGUAAUUCCAUUAUUACGGUUUUUCAUCAGGAACAUUUCUGUGCUUCUUAGAAAAGAGCACUAAAGAUCCCCACGGACAUCCUUGAGCCAAUGCUGGAUUUGUCCAUGACAAAAGAGGGACUUCCACCAACGUUCUUCUCCAUCCUUAUCUUCAAGACAUACGCUCAUCCAGCCUCACUACUUCAGUGAGUGAGUCUUUGAGUUAUGCUGCUAGCCUGCUACACUUUUCUUGCUUCACUGGCGAGUUGGAUCACUUCAGUUGCUGUGACACACCUACAGUCACUCACCACGGGAUUAUGGCCAGAUUUGCGGUUUUACCUUCACCUUCUUCAUACUUGCAGCCCCACCCUCAUAUUGCCGUUGGUUGUCAACUCCCUUUUUUCGUAUAAAAUCGUGGACGAUUCGGUUGGAAAGUAUCAGUUAUUCAGCUGUUUCAAACAAGUCAACUACUGCUCCGACAUGAAGUUCUCUAUUAUCCUCGUUGCCUUUGUUACGUUCGCUGUUGCCGAUUCAUACAAGGCUGCUGAAUACGAGGCUCCCAAGAACGAAGCCCCUAAAUACGAGGCUCCUAAGUACGAAGCCCCCAAAUACGAGGCUCCUAAAUACGAGGCUCCUAAAUACGAGGCCCCUAAAUACGAGGCUCCUAAAUACGAGGCUCCUAAAUACGAGGCUCCUAAGUACGAGACCCCUAAAUACGAGGCUCCUAAAAACGAGGCUCCUAAGUACGAAGCCCCUAAAUACGAGGCUCCUAAGUACGAGGCCCCUAAAUACGAGGCUCCUAAAUACGAGGCUCCUAAGUACGAAGCUCCUAAAUACGAGGCUCCUAAGUACGAGGCCCCUAAAUACGAGGCUCCUAAAUACGAGGCUCCUAAAUAUGAGACCCCUAAAUACGAAGAAGUGACAUACGCCCCGCAACCCUACAGCUUCGGAUACAACGUCCAGGAUAAAGAAUUUUACAACGACUUCGAGCACAACGAGAAGUCUGACUACAACGUAGUCAGCGGAUCUUACCGCGUUGUUCUCCCCGACAGCCGCAUCCAGAUCGUCACCUACAAGGCUGACGCCAACGGAUACACCGCUGAUGUGAAAUACGAAGGGGAAGCCAAGUAUCCCGAGAACGCUGAGUCCAAAGCUGAUGCUUCCUACUCCGCUCCAUCCUACAAGGCUCCCGAAUAUAAACAACCGGCCUACGUCGCCCCCGCUUACGCCGCGCCAUCCUACACUACCCCAGCCUACAAGGAGCCGGAGUACGAAACUCCAGCCUACACCACUAAAGCUACUGCUCCCUACCCAAAAUAUUAGUUCCCGUCAAUUGUUCUUUCUUGAUUCUGAGAUUAUAAUUUAAAAGUCUUCAAACGAUUUAAAGUCUCCCACUGGAAAAUCAGUUUAAUGCUAAGUCCAAGAUUCACUUCUCAUUUCUCAACAUUCUUCCUUGUUUGUGAUAAUGAAGUGAUCAUAGAAAUCUACAAGCUAGGUGGCUAGUCAAGUAGUUAGUUGGACAGUGUCGAAAACCGAUGUAAAUUUAUCAAAUAACGAAAUAAAUAAAUUGUUG